UGUCACUAAUCUUGCACGCGCAAUCCGCUCGCGCUAUGAGAGCAAUUAGAUGGAGCAGCGCUCAGCGCCUCUGCAGUGACUCACAGAAACACCUCACACACGCACACACACACGCACACGCACACACUCACUGCCACACACACACACACACACACACACACGCACAUUCAGACAGAAACCAGCUCGAGGACUUGGGCUUCUUCCAGAACACACACGGGUGGACGGUACCUUACUGUGGAUUGUAGAACAGAACCGGACCAGGACGGGUUUGGGUUUGUUUUCAUGCUGCGCUGACCCACUAGGAGUCCGGACCGGACUGGGAUUUAAAACCCGCACAGCGGAGCGGCAGAACCGGGCUGAGGAUCUCACACACAGCCGGAGAUCAGUUUGAUCAAGAACCGAGAGACCCGAAUGACCUAAGGGAUCCCUAACAACCCAAGAGGCCCGAGGGCCCUUGUCUUCAUGUGCUCUCUAAAGAUGGGGAGCUCUGAGAAACCUGCCUCCUUUGGAUGGAGCUCUUUGACUCAGCACUCAGCCUGAGGAUCAUUUCACAACAGCUUGGGGGAGGGCAGGGGAGGUGGACGAGAAGGAUAGCCUCAGAGUCCUGCUCAGCACAGAAGCAUCAUGUCAACUCUAGAGGGCCCUUCAUGGAUGUGUUUCUCCAGGACCACAGCUGGCUUUGUGCUCUGGGUUGGACUGUUGUCCUCAUGUGUGGCCUCUGUCCGGACCCAGCAGCAUCCUGUAGUCACCACCAACUAUGGGAAAUUACGAGGGGUGAAGGUCACAUUACCUAAUGAGAUCCUGGGACCAGUGGAGCAAUAUUUGGGAAUCCCAUAUGCACUGUCUCCAACAGGGGAACGGAGGUUCCAGCCUCCAGAACCACCGAUAUCCUGGCCCGGAAUCAGGAAUGCUACUCACUUAGCUCCAGUUUGUCCUCAGUUCUUAGAGGACCGUUUUUUACUGAACGACAUGCUCCCGGUUUGGUUCACAGCCAACUUGGAUACGGUGGUAACAUAUGUCCAGGAGCAGAGUGAGGACUGUCUUUACCUGAACAUCUACGUCCCAUUGGAGGAUGACAUCCAUGAUGAAAAUGGCUUGAAGCCAGUCAUGGUGUACAUCCAUGGAGGCUCCUUUGUGGAGGGAACAGGCAACAUGAUCGACGGCAGCAUCCUGGCCAGCUAUGGGAACGUCAUCGUCAUCACAAUAAACUACCGACUUGGAGUUUUGGGGUUUCUCAGCACAGGAGACCAGGCAGCUAAGGGGAACUACGGCCUUCUGGAUCAGAUCCAGGCUCUCAGGUGGAUCAAAGAGAACAUCCAGGCCUUUAAAGGAGACCCAAAGAGAGUGACCAUCUUUGGCUCUGGUGCCGGAGCAUCCUGCGUCAGCCUGCUCACCCUCUCACAUUACUCCGAAGAUCUGUUCCAGAAAGCCAUCAUCCAGAGUGGCACCGCCCUGUCCAGCUGGGCGGUUAAUUACCAGCCUGCUAAGUACACGCGGUCUCUGGCUGAGAAGGUGGGCUGCAACAUGUUGGACACCAUCGACUUGGUGGAGUGUCUGCAAAAGAAGAACUAUAAGGAGCUGAUUGAGCAGUAUGUGACACCUGCAAAGUACCACAUCGCCUUCGGGCCUGUGAUUGAUGGAGACGUCAUCCCAGAUGACCCUCAGAUCCUCAUGGAGCAGGGGGAGUUCCUGAACUAUGACAUCAUGCUGGGGGUCAAUCAGGGUGAGGGCUUUAAGUUUGUGGAUGGGAUUGUAGACAGUGAGGACGGAGUGUCUGCCAACGACUUUGACUUUGCUGUGUCUGACUUCGUGGACCAUCUCUAUGGCUACCCAGAGGGCAAAGACACUCUGCGUGAGACCAUUAAGUUCAUGUACACCGACUGGGCCGACAAGGAAAACCAAGAAACUCGUAGGAAGACCUUGGUGGCUCUGUUUACAGACCACCAAUGGGUGGCGCCGGCUGUGGCUACAGCUGACCUCCAUGCCCAGUAUGGCUCACCCACCUACUUCUAUGCUUUCUACCACCACUGUCAAAGCGACAUGAAGCCCAGUUGGGCUGAUUCUGCACAUGGAGAUGAAGUUCCAUAUGUGUUUGGUAUUCCCAUGAUUGGACCCACAGACCUGUUCAACUGCAACUUCUCAAAGAACGAUGUGAUGUUGAGUGCUGUCGUCAUGACCUAUUGGACUAAUUUCGCAAAAACAGGAGACCCAAACCAGCCAGUUCCCCAGGACACAAAGUUCAUCCACACGAAGCCGAACCGCUUUGAGGAGGUAGCCUGGAACAAGUACAACCCCAAAGACCAGAUAUACCUGCACAUUGGCCUGAAACCUCGGAUCCGAGACCAUUACAGGGCUACCAAGGUUGCAUUCUGGCUCGAGCUGGUUCCACAUCUGCACAAUAUUAAUGAGUUUUUCCAGUAUGUCUCCACUACCACUAAAAUACCCCCGCAGGACACGACCCCGUAUCCUUACACCAAACGCUUUCCAGGUAAGAACAACUGGCCCUCCACCACGCGCCACCCCGGCGUUCCCUCCGCUAACACCAAGCAAAGCACUGAUCAACGCAAGAGUGGCGAUCUGACGGAUGAGUCAACCGUGGUCAUCGAAACCAAGAGGGACUACUCCACAGAGCUCAGCGUCACCAUCGCUGUGGGCGCCUCGCUGCUCUUUCUCAACAUCCUUGCAUUUGCAGCACUAUACUACAAAAAAGACAAACGGCGCCAUGAGUCCAACCGCCACGUUCCAACCCCACAGCACAACUCUACUCCAGCUACUGCUCCGUCAACAGCCAAUGAUGUGGCCCACCUGCAGAGCGAAGAACUGAUGUCUCUGCAGAUGAAGCAGCAGCAGCUGGAGCACGAGCACCACCAUGAGUGCGAGUCUCUGCAGAGCCACGACACGCUACGACUCACCUGUCCCCCAGACUACACUCUGACCCUGCGCCGGUCACCUGACGACAUACCACUGAUGACCCCCAGCACCAUCACCAUGAUCCCCAACUCGCUGGCUGGCAUGCAGCCUUUGCACAACUUCAACACAUUUGGUGGGAGCCCGAACAGUACCAACCUGCCCCACGGCCACUCCACCACACGGGUAUAGCUCAGCUGGGAUGGGAUUGCGAUCAAACCACCACACACACACACACACACAAAGCAACAACGUGUGACUGACUGUGUAAAGCACAGACUCCAAAGUCUAAGCAGAUGUUAUUUUGGUACCACGCCUUCUUGAAAAGUAUAAAAGUAUUCCGUGAACUUGUUAAAAUAUUCAGAUUGAAUGUUACCUUGGUAACCCUAAAGGGGAGCGGAGCUUUGUUGAGGAUUUUACUUAAAGAGAAGGCUACCAGACUGUUAACAUUCUUAUAAAGUAGCCUGGCGAAGGUUUUUGCCACGAUUACGAUCGGUGGCGACGGUUUUCAACAAGCAACAACGGAGCAUCAUUGCGUCACGAUCCUUUCUGCAUCAAACCUGACCCGGGAGCAGAACUCUCCACUCCAGCUGGAAACGUAUUUAUGAAAACUUUGCAUAAAAUUCAUAGAAGAAGAAGAAAAAUUAAAAGAUCAUUGCUGUGAGUGGAAAUUUAAAAAGAAGAUUAAAAGAAUAAAGAGCUCCUAUUAUUGUUUUGGCUGAGAUCUGUCUGGUUGUUUUGAUUUAGGCUUUUUUUUAGCUAGUGAUCUUUAUUUAUUUAUGUGUGUAAAUAUAUCGAAAAAUGUUCAUUUUCUUCUAGCGACAUUCAGAAAGACCAACCCCCACCCCCCCACCCACCCACGCCAUCACAACGCACCCUGAGUGUUCUCAGGCCAUCACACGCAGCCGUGUGUUAUUUUCUGUUUUUGCACACAGUCCGCUCCUAAAGAGCUGCACUCAGACAUGCCUGCUGUCUCCUGAUGACGCCUCUCUGGAUCCAUCCUGUUCUGCUUCUGAUCACUUUCUUUGUGGGCUUUUCUGUCUCUGAGCUUUCUAUGUGACCAGCAAUGUAUUAUUUAGAAAAAAAAGGCAGUACAUUUUUGUAUCAAUAUUAGUUGGAUUUGUUUGUAAAGGCAUAUAUGUUAGAUAUUUCAAACCGUCAUAUGCUAGCAAUAUGUAAAAUAUUGUGCCAGACUUGUGAUAUUUUGGUUUACAAAAGCAAGUGAAUGAGUGUAAAUACUAUUAAUUACUAUGAAAUGACCACCUAAGUAAACAUUAGCUCUCUUUCCAUUUUGCAUCCUAUUAUAAAAAGAUACAUAAUGAAGAUUUGAAGCUACAUUUAUAAAUUCUAAUAGAGAUAAUUUCCUCGACAUCUGGUCCCAAACCAGUCAACACAACAAUGGUUUUUAAUGUAGUUUUCAUUUUUUAUUUGGUCUUAUUUAUUUGCAGUUUUGCCUUAAAUGAUAUGGACAGAUAUCUGGCUGGACCCCUGUAUAAACUUUUUCUGCAACAUUUUUAAUAAAAUAUCACAAUAUUUUCUAAAAAAAAAUAAUAAAUGAAACAAAAGAAAAUAAAUGAAAUGAAACGAG